UAUCAGCUUAGCAUAGCUAAUAAUAUUUAUAACUAAUAUAUUAUACUGUGUUGUACAAAUAUCUAUUGUAAGUAGAAGAAUUUUACUGAGUAUUAUUUUUAAGAAUGCUUAGUAUAACAUAGGUAUUCAUAUUUCAGCUUCACUCUAUUGCCCUUAAUAUUUGUAUUUCAUAUCUGCUGAAUAACUUGAAAACUUAUUGGAAUCGCUUUUCACUGCUGAUGGUCCCAUAUAAGUAUGUCACCUUGCAUACUGGGUAAGAUACACUAGCUCCGAGUAUACCCCACUGUCCGGGGCCCAUAUACCCUUGCUCACUAUCAUAGCCUUGCUGCGGGGAAUGACCAAAGCCGCACAUGAGCACCUAGCAGCCCGUUUCACCAAACUGGUUGCUUUUGUAUACCGACAUUCCAUCAUUCCCGGCCUCUCUGAUGAAAUAACACACCGUGCAGCUGCAUUAUUCUACUAUCGUAGUGCCUCGUUUGGUUGCACGCGACGCCAGACGCUUCGGUGACCAUGUCAGCCCACCUCAGUCAUGAAGAGUUCUUCGGCAAGUUGGCAGAGCUUUUCGAACAACGCAAGAGCAAGGGGCGUGGCUCGAUAUUCCUCGUCCAGAAAAGAUUAACCUACGGCCAAGAUACGGCCUCGACACCACCAGCCGGCGAUGAAUCCUUCUCCGAUCUCCGCCCCGCAAACCCGCUCCCUGUGAUUGUGCGCGCGACGAACGGCAAGUCGAAGAAACACAGAGACGACAAGAUCAAGCUGUCUACAAUCGUUCAGCCCGAUGCUUUGGAAUCCUUCUUCGCCAGCUACGCCAACAUCUGCAAGGGGGGUAUGUCCGCACUCAAGCCCCGGGAUCGGAGUAAGAAGAAGGCCAAGUCCAGAAAGAAGAAGGGAGGCGCAGUCACGGCCGUCGCUGCGGCGUGAGGGAAGGAUGGCUUGACUUGACCUUCCGUUGUGCCACCGAUACAGUCGGGUUAUAUACCGCCAUUUUUUGUCCCCCGGAAAGGCAGUGCAUCCCUUGUAAUGGGGUGAAGGAGAUGGCAGUCAGAUAUCACGCACACGUCGUGGACGCUUCUGGCACAGUACGUGGUAUCCAUCGUCCUGAGCCCGUGGCCACAAGUAGGCGCUUUCCCAUCGUACCGCCCAAGUAUCGUCGGUCCCUGUCAGAGGGCUUAAGAUGACAAUCCGGGGCUGUAUAGAAAGAGUCACAAGGGGGAAUACAUGCUCUAAGUACCUAUUAACCUAUGAAGGCUGAGUCGUAUCUAGCCGGUGAUGCACUAUGUGUCAUCAAAUGUUACAUGAACUUAAUC